AGUCAGCUCUGCGUUGGAGAAUCAUGGCGGAGAAACAAAUGACAUGCUUAGGGACCUAAAUUACACAGAGCAGAAGAACCGGCGCCCGUGGACACUGAGAUAUCCGUGGAGAUGAGCGCGGGGGUGUUCGAUACAAUGUAUCAGAGUGACCCUGAAGGGCGCAUGCCAUUGUCCUAUUGAGGAGACAGGACCACGGAGCUAAAAUACAGUUUUAACGUUGAACACUUUGAAAGUCAUUGAAAAUGAUCAGAGCAGAGAGCAAGGGCACCCUACGGAGUGCGUCCCCGCACAGAAAUGCGUACAAGACGGACUUCCACUCCAUUAAGUGCUCUUUUGAUGGGACCAAAUCCGACAGCGAAGCCAACUCUUAUGCUAAUGGAGCCAGCGACCCCCGGGAGGACACCAGAGGGAGGCCGUUUGGCAACCGGGUCAACAAAAUAAAGAACAUUUUCCUCCAAAUGGACGGCCAGCAACCGCCGGAGAGUCAGGAACCGGCUCACAAAACGGAUGCAUCUUCUCCUGUAUCGCCAGUGUCCAAAUUCCCGGUCAGCACUCACAAAACCUGCCUCAGUAGCGCCAACAACCAAGAGCUGCAGAGCGCGGACAGAACUCCAAAGGGAGAGGAAGUCGAGAUAGAUAAAGUCGCCCUGGCGGAAAAAUUUUCAGUUACCAGAAAGCUAUUUGAGAGAGGGGUAAAAGAGCAGCCUGGCACAGAGAGGCCGGGGCCCGGCAGGGUUUCUACUCGUCUGUCCCAGGGGAAGGUUCCUGAGGAGGGGCGUGGGGCCCGGAGGUCCUUUGGAUCUUCUGAGAAUAGCAGCAGUAGUGUCAUCAAAAGCCCGACGUCACCCGUGAGGAGUGCCCCAGAGGAAAGGAGGGACAUUGAGGACUCGAAACAGGUCAAUAGACUGUCACUUAACGCCGGGCCUAUUUCCAAGUGGUUGGAGAACUUCAUUGUGGAUGGCGACAAAGGAGAAUCAGUGCAAAGUCCUGAGAAACUGAGCAGCCCUACUGAGCGCUCGCUGCCAUCACCUCUACGAGGGAGUUUCCAAAAACCCAGCUCGCCUGGUGCUGAUCCAGCACACAAACCUACGUCCCCAAACUCUGACAACUCUAAAACCGACUUCAGCAGCCCUCUGUUCAAGUCCAUCAGCCCGAUUUCAUACAAACCCAUCUCUCCGACCAGCAGAAGCCCCGGCGAGCCUCUUUCUCCCAAUGCUCAAAGCCCGAUUAAGCGUUCGCCGUCAUCAGGAAACGACUCGGUGAAAGACUCCACGACAAAUGAACCACCUCAACUUAGUAGUACUCCUGCGAAAGAUCUCAAAGCUUCACCCUCUGCCAGCAGCAUAUAUAAACGGCCCUGGAGUCCGGAGGGACCAAAAAGCGAAAACCACAUAAUUUGCAGUCCGUCUAGGGACAUACAUCAAGAGAAGGCCACACAAUGUCUGGACCCUACUGGUGCAGGAGUGGUACGGGCCGAGCUGGUAGUGGUCCAGAACGAGUCUUCAGAAAGCGAGGAGAACGAUGAAGAGUUUUUGGAGGAGGUGAAGCUGCAAAGGGAACUUAAAUCGGAGGCUCCGAGAAAAGAUGGGACUGACUCUCUGCAGGUGUCAUCACCUCAAAACCAUACAGAGGACAAACAGCUGGGGAAGGAUGCGUGUGUAUCAACAGAGCUGGAGAAAGAGGAACCAAAUCAAGAAGAAGAAGAGGAGGAGGAUAUCAUCCAAAAGAGGAGUAGCUGUCAUGAAGAUGAUGAUGAGGAGAGUGAGCAGGAAGAUCCAGAUGAAUGCGGGAAAACGUCUCCGGUGUUUUACAGUUUUGAGAACGCGGCGUUUGUGGAUGAUAAGGAACCGGUUCAGGACCAGCAGGAUGAGGAGGAUGAAGAUGAGGUCUAUGAGGAGUAUGAUGAAGCUCCUGGUUUGUCUGAGGAUGAGGAAGGGCCUCCAAGAAGGAAAAUCAGAUUCUCCACUGAGCCGAUACGGGUGUACAGCACGUUCUCUAAUGAAGAGUACGACCGGAGGAACGAUGAUGUGGAUCCUGUGGCGGCGUCGGCCGAGUACGAGCUGGAGAAACGGGUGGAGAAGAUGGACGUGUUUCCCGUGGAGAUCGAGAAAGGUGAUAAAGGGCUGGGGAUCAGUAUUAUAGGGAUGGGUGUUGGGGCAGAUCAGGGUCUGGAGAAACUGGGCAUCUUCGUCAAGACCAUCACGCAGGACGGCGCUGCAGAGAGAGAUGGCAGGUUACGAGUUCACCACAUGCAAAUAAACAAUGCACACACUCACACAGGCUCCAUUGUUUCCUUUCUACAUGAUGUACGCCGAUCAGUAUACGUUAUACACGUAAUUUUCCUUGUUCACCUGUCAAUCACGCCGUUCAGGUUUCUGAUUGGCCGAGAGAAGCCAGGUACUCAGAGUGAGGUGGCACGCCUCAUCAGUGAAACCCUGGAGCAGGAGCGGCAGCAGCAGGUGGACGACACAUACGAGCAGUCCACUGAAGAGGACGAGCACUACGAGGAUGAGGAGGAAGGGGGAGAGGAUGGCAUCCUUGGUUCCAGUUUCGGCAGGAGGAAUGUGGAAGUGUAUGAUCUGCCUGAGAGCGAGGAGAUGUUCCUGCCGUCAAACAUGGACGCCGCUCAACUAACUUUCAGAUUUAAAGAGCUCCAGAUAAAACACACCAUUGCAGAAGCCGAAGUAGAUGAACUGAAAGAGAGAUUGAGAGAGUCGUCAGAGGAGCGUGCGGCGUGGGAGGCGAGGGAAGCUCAGUUAGAGAGGAGCGUACAGGAGAACUCUGAGAGAAUCGCUCAGAUGGAGAAGAACUGGCUGGAGGCUCAGGCUCUCUGUAAAAGCAUCAACGAACAGCUCAAUGACACGCAGAGCCAAUAUGAAGCUCUGGAUAAAAAAUAUAGCAAAGCCAAGAAACUGCUCAAGGACUAUCAGCAGAAAGAGGUGGAGUAUGAGCAGAGGGAGGAGGACUUACAGAGAACUCUGGAGGAGAGAGAGGCCAAGUAUAAAACUCAGAUAGAGGAUCUGCAGCGCAGGCUGGCAAAGCUUGAGUCUGGCAGCAGUCGUCAUGAGUCUCCACUGUCGGGCAGUAAGUCUGCAGAUUCAAUUCUGCUGGGAGCGGACUGGAGCGAGGUGGUCCCUGAGACGGAGCGUUUGGACACCAGCGCCCAUCGUGCAAAGGCCCAGCUGGCCCAGAGAUCCAAACGGCAGCCACCGUCCCGCAGUAAACUCAAAGAGACGCUCAGCUCGCCAGCGAGAAGCCCACAGGGUGAUGAUGAGAGUCAGUCUGCGAGUCCCGAGUCUCCACCGCCUCGUAGGAGAUCAAUCCAGGAGAGUUUGUCCCUGCCGGUCGCCAUAUCUUCCCCUGCUAACCACCAGAAGGAUGAAGGUUCUAUUACAAGCAGCAGCCAAUCAGUGCAGAGGGAUCCUCAAGGCCCCGCCCUCUCCUCUCCUAAAGACUCCUCCCCCUCCAGCUUCCUGCGGAAUGUAAAGAAGAGAGAGUCCAAAGGCAAGGGCAAAGAGGUCAAAGAUGAGUCUAAUGAUGCAGCUGGAAAAACUAAAAGAAGAUUCCCAGACUUUGGUGGUUUAAGGAAAUCAGGAGGAAAGGGGAAAAAACUAAGCAAAGAAGCUACGAGGGCAUCACUGGACAGCAGCUCAUUCUUUUGGUUUAAAGAGCUGAAGCUCCCCCAAUCCUUGUGUUUGGAUAACAAAUCCUGCUCUCUGUGGCCGUUCCAGAGUUUGUCAGUGCUAGAUGAUUCGAACCUCAGCAGUCCUGCUUCCGAUUUUUCUGGGCUGGUGGUGGAGCCCAACCUGUCAGGCCGCUCUCAUACAUUAACCUUCUCCUCCAGCGAGAUGCUGGAUGAGGAGCCUUGCUCUGGAGGGAAGGAGUAUCACUGGCAGAACCGUCCCGUCUCUGAUUGGACGUCCCAGCAGGUGUGUCAUUGGCUGAUGGGUAUGAACAUGGAUCAGUACACGCCUGAGUUCAGCACACAGGCCAUCGAUGGACAGCAGCUCCUCAACCUGGACAGUGACAGACUGAAGGCUCUGGGUGUUUCCAGUCAGAAUGAGCGAGCCACCAUCAAGAAGAAACUGAAGGAGAUGAAGAAAGCACAAGAGAAGAUGGAGAAACAGCGGGAAAAGCGUGAGAAAGAGGCCAGACGCAGCGGACGGCUGCCUGCCAGCACUGACUCGGUGUGCUGAUGAUGUUCAGAGCAUCAGCUUUUCCUCUUUUAUUCGUCCUCGUUCUUGACGCACUCCAUUGGCAGACUGUUUACAACACAUAUGAGCCAUUCUAGAGGAGUCGCUAUGAGUGAAUACGGUCAGUAAGUCAUUAAUAACAGUCAGACGGUCGAGCUGAAACACUGAUGAAGAUCAUAUUGUACUCUUUUCACUUCAAUCUGUGCAGCACACAUAUGAGCAGAAAUACACUGUUCAUCUACAGGUAGUGAAUUUACUAAGAAAAGUGUUUACAGAUUGAACCCAUCUGUGGACAUGUUGCCUUCACUGUAAAAAGUUCAGUAUUUUGUCUUUUUUUCAGUAAAAUAUCACAACAUCGCUAAAACAAGAUUAAUGUAUUUGCAUAAGAAAAGACAGAUUUUUAGAGAAUAUACAAAAUUUUGUUAAAUGUAUAUUUUUGUUGUUGUUGUUUUUGCUAAAAGCUUACAUUUCCGGAAGAAAUUGAAUUGAAUUUAAAAUAAUCCUCUGAAAGAAAAUACGUCUGUAUUAAUGUAUCCUAAGAACGUUUAGAUAAUUUAGCUGGAAAACGAGACAAAAUGCUGAUUAAGAAAAUUAUUUUUUCAGUGUUCUGAGUAAGUGAGAUAUUAGACUAGCUUGUGAGAAAAUGAAUAUGGCGGUCCAAUUCAUAGCAGACCCGAACCUUUUAUUAGUUUUAAUUGUAUUUUAUGAUACCACUGUAGGAGCUAUAAAAAAAGAAAACUUGCUAAGGGAUAUAUAAAUAUUCAAAUGCCUAUUUUCUCAACUUUGCCACUAAUAUUGUGGCACGAAUAGUGCUUUCAAAAAAGAUUUCGUAUUGUAUUUUAGGAGUACUUCUGGCCUGUGGUGCUAAACGGGUCAUUUUGCUGGAUCCUUGUACAUUCGAGUAAUAUUGAGCACUAUAUUUUUACUGAAACAAAAGGGGAACGUGGUUUAUAAAUGUACAAAUGAAAUAUUUUAUACACUACUAUUAGCAUAGCUUUAAGGAAGAGACAUUAACUUUUGUACACAUUUUCUACUAAGUAGAAUAGCUUGCUGGUUAAAACCAUUUUGCUCAUUCUGAAAAGCAGAGAGUUAAACUCAAAGUGAAAGGUGUUUGAACAUCUCGUUUGUUGUUUUUAUUUGGACGGUUACUGCUUUUAUGUUAUGGUUAUGGCUCAAAAAUACAUAACUGUUACACAGUGUAGCAUAGUUUUAGUAGUGGCCAUGGCCCAAAUUGUAUUUGACUAACAGAGGCUGUAAUGAAUUUAAGUACUGGAUAAUCAUCUGAUUGUAAGGAGAGUGCUCAUGUCAUCGUGAAUCUGUGUCCUGUGGUUAUAUUUUUCUACCUUGUAAAAUAGAUGAUUUUGAACAGACAAAAAUCAAGCUUUCUGUCUGGUACAAAGUGCAUAAGCUGCA